GCAAAUCCGGGCGAUUGCGGCCGCAAAGCAGUGGUGCCGUUUAUCCAUGUUGCUUUGCUAUCAUCUUAUAUGGAGUCGCAAAGUGUGCACUGACCGAGUACUGAGCAGCCUGAAAGACAAUGUGGAAAGUUCUUCACUUUGCUUGCGCAGCAGCGUCCAUGAAUGUUCUUCCUCACAGUUGCUUCGGAAUGUCCUGGAUUUGCUGACGGUGCGCCUAGAUGCGCCCACUUGGCGAAAGUUAAAAGCCCACCGCUCAAGGCUUCUCAGAGGUCCAGAGUCCCCUCACUCAAGAUUUCCUUUUCACAGAACACAUCAAACAUGAAGUUGGGCCUUUCCAUCCUGCUCGGUCUUCUCUUCUGCAUCACGACGCUGGCGUCGUCCUCUGGUGACUCAGACUCUGAGCGUACCUUGUCGGCUCCAAGAGUCAUGGACUUUCGCACCGCAAGAAAGAUUGCACACAUCAUCGGUCCCAAUUCUGAAUUCAUCUUAGACAGCUCCGCAGCGGGAAGACAGGCUUCGAGGCCUGGCGUUUCCGGGCAAGCGCCUGCUUCUCCCCGCGGAAAAAGUCCACAAAAAAUCGCACUCACCCCCAUCAUUAGCCCUGAUGUCUCCACGACCCUGACUCUUGCACCGCCUGGUCGAUCGAAAGGAAAGGGGAAGGCACCAGCAACCUCUGGCAGCGGCGAAAGGACGGACUCCGACGCCGAUACAGACAGCAGCACUGGCCGUAGCCAUCGUGAACGCAAACGCAAAGGCAAAGGGAAGAUCACCUUGCUCAACAACUUGCAGUCGAAAGAGAAGGCAAAGGGCAAGAAAAAGGGAUUCAAGUUGAGCUUCUGA